GAGCAGUUGUCGUAGCCUGAGUCGGCAUAGGUUGAAAAGCCACUCCAGAACCCUUGCAACCACAGCGUCUUCCAGCGUUUCUUCCUUCUCGGGAGAUUUUCCAAGUUCUGCAAGGAGAGGUUUUCCCUUCGAUAGAGUUUUUACGACCAUUUUAGAAGCAGUUUCUUCUUUCGCUUCAACGUUCACAAUCGAUUGCUCAAGCUUCACUGCCAAUUUGAGUGUCUGUGUAGCAGAGGCUUUGGCUGCAACAUUAGUUUUAGCCAGGUCUUAAAUCUUACCUUUGGAUUUGAGCACUGAGACAGCAGUGGGCGUCGCAGUAGCACUUUUGUUAUUGGAGGGUUUCAAUUCAAUUAAAGAUACAUAAUUGGGAUUGUCAGCAGGCUUGGGUGUCGUUGUAGAAGACUCUGGUGGUUUCUUAUGAUGAUUUUGGAGGGGUUUUAGUGGCUGACUUCCUCACCGACAUUUUCUUCAUAGCCCUGAUUUGGGGGUUUCGAAGUCAGCGAGUUCAAUAUCGUUUUAGGGCAUUUCGAAGGAGAAGAAGCCUCCCUCUUUCUCAUAAAAAUCUUGUCUUCAAUCGAUUAAGUAAAAAACUCAUAGGGUAGGUGUUGGGGGUCCUCUAUUUUCAAAGUUCCCAUGAUGGAAACACAUAUGAUUCUUCUCACAUAAGAGCUUCUUGCCACAUAUCAUUGCCUUCUUGCGGUCAUGGGCAGAAGGGAGAGGCCCAAGGAAGGGCUUGGUAUGGGAAAGGAGCAGGUGUUGCCCAUGGCGGUGGUCGUGGCGUAGGGGAAGGAUGGUAAUCAUAGGAAUGGUGGGGAGGAGGGAGGUUGUGUGGAUCUGCGAUGUGGGUUAUGGCUUGGGACAAGGCGCAUCUUAUCAAUUGGGCUCCCGUCGGGAGUUGCAGCGGUGUGUGGCAAUUGGAGCAACUCAUAAGCAAAUGCAUCUUUAACGCCUAUGAAAGAAUAAAUGGAUCUCGGACAGAAAACACAGAGAGAAAGAGAAAAUCAAUUUGAAAAUCAAGGAAAAGACUGAAAUCGAAUAGAGAAAGAGGCGAGUUAUGGGCAAAUGGAGGAGAGGAAGAAGAGGGGUAAAAUUGUCUUUUAGAUUUCAAAAACUAACACUUCUCUCGUAGUGUUGGUUUGGAUGGGUUUAUUUAUAAUAAAUGAAACACUUUACCUAACUUCUAUAUAAGUCGUAACUGUGAGCUACGGCUUACUCUAGCUCCGUCGUCUUCAGUCUUUAACCUGUGAGAAGUUCCUCAGCUUUCCUUCCCUGCUACCUCUGGAGAAUCAGAAGUGGAAGUCUCGAAGAAAGCAUAAAAUGUCGGGGCAAAUUCCUUAUCUUUUUCCUCUUCGUCGCCGGUCUCAUCUCAAGAGUGAGACUGUACGUACCCUUGCUCGUGUCCUUUCUCUCUGUAGUGAUGAAUCUCAAUGUUCGCCUGCAAUUCAGAUAUCUUUAGAGGCUCCAAGGCUUGGUACCGGAGAUGGAAAUUUAGGGUUGGGAAUUCAAAAAGAACUGUGUAAUGAUUUGGUCGAUCCUGGUGGUGAGAAUUCGUCGAUUGAGAGUACUAAAGCGGUUGGGAUCCACAAUGGAACUUCCAGUCAUGAACGAAUAGUGACAACUCAGUUAGACGAUAGAACGAGACCGGAGGGUUAUGCAUAUCUUGGAUGUCGAGAAGUUUCUACACCUUCCAAUAUGUCAGUGGAAAAAGACCUGAUAGCUAAUAGUGAUGUUGCUUCCAUUAAUGAUCAGUCUGAGCAUCUUGUUUCGGAACAAAUUGUUGUAAAGAAAUCAGGUAUAGUGGGUGGAAUAAUGGAGGAUAGGGAACACUCUAAAUUGUCCAGUGAGAAUGCUGGAGUGACUGGUUUUCCAAAAGGAAUUUCUGAACUUGAACAAAUAAUGGCAAGGGAGUCAAACUAUGGAACCAGACUGGAAGGAAAUAAGGAUAUUGCUUGUGGCAAUGAUGCUCACAGUCAUUCAAAUACAAGAAUGGAGAAAGAUUUGGCUGCUGAUAUUGUUGUUUCCUCAAGUGAUAAUGAUUUUAAUAAUUCUCUUAUGGAUCAAAAUGAAGUGGUGGAAACAGGCGAUGUGGCAGGACAGGUCGAAUAUAAAGCUAACUUGGAGUUGUCCAUCAAGAAUAGUGAAAAAUUUGGUGUUGAAGAUGGAGCUUCCACUCCUGAACGAAGGGUAACAGUUGGGUUUGGCCACAGGAGGGCGCUUGAAGGAAAUGGGGAUCUUACUUUUGCUGAUAUUCACAAAGAUACAUAUAUGUCACUGGAGAAAGAUCUGGUUGCAAAUGACGUUGGUGGCUGGAUUGAUAACCAGAAUAAUGACAUUCUUUGUUCAGAACGGCUUGAUGUAGAGGUAUUGCCGCAAGUGCCAGAAGUUGUAGGGAGUGAAUUCUUGAAUUCCAUAAAUAUGUUGGAAAAUGAACUGAUACCUGAAGAGUCAAUGGCAGUCAACAAUGCAAAAGAUGAGGCUUCAUUGGCACAUAUGAUGGAAAAACUAGAACAUGAAAUGCAGCAAAAAGAAUUGGACAUGAAGGAAUCAGCUUCUUAUAAGGUCAUUCCAGAUAAUUCUGUUAGCUUUGUUUCAGAUAGAGAGAUUGAGGAAGGUGAAAUUCCUGAUGAUUCGGGAGUUUCUAACCGUUCAGUUCAUUCGUCCUCUGAAGAUACUGCUGUAGCAGAAAGUAUGGGAGUGGAAGGUCAGAUUUUUUGGGAUGCCAUGAAGAAAGAGAAAUUCUCUGACAACUGCAAAGAUCAUAAUAAAGGAGAAUAUGAAGAUUGUGUUCAAGCAGAGCUCAACAGAAGAAAGAGAAAGGGAAAGGAAGCCAGAUCUGGUAUAUUGGUCAGAAAUGAGAACGAGAAAGGCAAUGCCCCGAAGGAAGACAUUAACUGCCCUAUUGCUCCUACAGAAGGUACACAGUUGCAUGAAGAAAUAUCAGAUAAAAUUGUGACUAAAACUCAUCCAAUGACAUCCAAAAAAAAGCAAGAUGUCGAAGUUUACAAUAAGAAAAGGCGGGGUCCUUCAACUGAGAUGAAGAAAAAGCUGAAGAAGAAAAGGAAGCGAGCUGAAAAGAACAAGCUUCUUGGAGUCAAGAGGUUAAAAUUACAUCCUAUUUUAAAACCGAAACCAGUAAAAUAUUGCGAGCACUAUCUUCGGGGAAGAUGUUGGCAGGGUGAUUUGUGCAACUUUUCACAUGAUACAAUUCCCUUGACAAAAUCAACGCCAUGCACGCAUUUUGCACAUCAAUCAUGCUUGAAAGGGGACGAUUGUCCAUUUGAUCAUGAACUCUCCAAGUACCCUUGUAACAAUUACAUGUCAAAUGGCUCUUGCAUUAGAGGUGAUAAAUGCUUGUUUUCACACAAGAUACUACCUGAGGAAGGUUCCUGUACAUCAUUGAAUGCUGGCAAACCAAAGUUUGAGUCAUCAGCUCUUCAAGAUAACAGAAAUUCGAGGAAGCAAGUGAACAUUGAUGGUAGCUCCGGUUGUACUGUUGACAACUUGUCUAAAAACACAGCUGUAAGGGUGCCAUUCUCCACGGGAACCAUCUCUCAUGGCAAACCAGAGCGGAAAGUGGUCGAGAAGAGAUUAAAGCCACUCGGACAGGUACCUAGAGGAAUAAGAUUUCUAAAAAAUGGAAACACAUCAUUAGAUGAUUCUAAUGGGAAGCAACAUGGUGACUUGCCUUCCAAUGGAGGUAAUGGCACAGUAGUGUGCAACCAGAAAAGCAAAAGUGCACCAGACAAGCAUCAAAACUUGAAUGAGAUGCAGCGGAGGGUGCUACCCGCAGUGCCACCAAAAGGUAUUAGCUUUCUUUCUAUGGGAAAAAUGCCACUAAGUGAUCCAAGUAAGAAACAUGGAGGUGGUUUCCCUCCCAAACAAGAUGCAGUUGAAAUAUGCAAUUGGAAGAACCAAAGUGUAUUAAACAAGCUUCAGAAUCCAAAUCAAACUGCACUGAGGAUGUCAAGACCCCCAGUUUCUAGUGGUCAUUCAAUGACUCCGUUAGCAGAUAGGAAUGAUAAAUCCAUCCAAAGCUCAGCUCAGAAGGCUAUGUCAUCUACAAAGGCAUUUGCAGCGAAGUAUGAGUCUAAAAUGGCGUCAGGACAUUCUUCUUAUCCCCCUGCUUUUUGUGCAGAGGUGAGUAAUGCAUCAAGGAACAACAGUAACUUCAGCACUGGGAAUUCUCAGGAUGAACCAAUGAAAGCUUCUAAGAUUUUGGACGAAUUCUUAUUUGGUGCGGGUGGUAAUGGUGACCAGUAAGGUAAAGAGGACAGUGGAGAAGCUCAUGUAGCUGAUUUGAUUUGGUCUAUCUUGGUGUCAGUGUUGUGAUUUCACACCACCAACACCACCAUACCGAUGCAAAACGGGUUUGAACAAGGAUACCGAUUUGUUAAGUUUGUCUCGAAUUCUUAACCCGUUUUGAAGAAUGACCCGCUUCAACAUUUUGGUGGCGACCCGAAUGUAAUUUGAGGGGUUUUUUCGAGCUAGGGUUUUAGAGCGUAUUUUGCUGUUUGAGUGUAAUCUCUCUUCUACAUAGUGAAGCAUCUUCUUCUCCCAAGGACGUAGCACACCACAUCGGUGUGUGAACUUCAUUAAAUUUUUAUGUUGUGCAGAUCUGUGUCUAUUUAUUUUCGUAUUUGUUGGUGUUGGCCAUAACACGGUUCA